AAUGUUUGGAUUUCUCCACUAGGAGGGAGGACAAACAAGCUUUUUUCUUGCCUUCUGGGCAGCUCUGUGUGCUCUCCAGCUCGGACUCCGAGGAGGAAGGGCGAAGCUGAAAAUAAAAUUUAUUCUGGAGCUGGACCCAAUGGCUCCUCUACUGCACGAAGCCCAUUGGACCCCCGCAGCCCACCGCCUCCCAGAAAUGACCACUUUGACUAAAUUGCAUGCAUUUCCAAGCUUCGUCCGGCUGCAGGCUUGGCCUCUGGGAGAGGCAGGCGGCUUGUGAGCCGGGCUCCAGAGACAGGACCUCCCGGGUCUCUCAUUUCCUGGCUGAAGUGUCUCUUCUCGGUGCUGUGACAGCAUCCAACCCACACUCGCAGAACCCGCAUCCUGGAUGAUAAAGUCAGACACGCAGCAGCUAGGUGAGUGGUAACGCUCAGAUAAGCAUCUGUGCCUUUGUGGGGACUCUCUGGGCUGCUCCGCACCCGGGCACUUGCUCUGUCCUCGCCAUGUACAACGGAUCGUGCUGCCACAUCGAGGGGGACGCCAUCUCCCAGGUGAUGCCGCCGCUGCUCAUCGUGGCGUUUGUGCUGGGCUUGUUGGGCAAUGGGGUCGCCCUGUGUGGUUUCUGCUUCCACACGAAGACCUGGAAGCCGAGCACUGUUUACCUUUUCAACUUGGCCGUGGCUGAUUUCCUCCUCAUGAUCUGCCUGCCUUUUCGGACAGACUAUUACCUUAGAGGUAGACACUGGGCUUUGGGGGACAUUCCCUGCCGGGUGGGGCUCUUCACUUUGGCCAUGAACCGAGCCGGGAGCAUCGUGUUCCUUACGGUGGUGGCGGUGGACAGGUAUUUCAAAGUGGUCCAUCCCCACCACGUGGUGAACGCCAUCUCCAAUCGGAAGGCGGCUGGCAUCGUCUGCGCCCUGUGGACCCUGGUCAUUCUGGGAACGCUGUAUCUUUUGCUGGAGAACCAUCUCUGUGUGCAAGACACAGCCUUCUCCUGUGAGAGCUUCAUCAUGGAGUCGGCCAAUGGCUGGCACGACAUUAUGUUCCAGCUGGAGUUCUUUCUGCCCCUUGGCAUCAUCUUAUUUUGCUCCUUCAAGAUCGUUUGGAGCCUGAAGCAGCGGCAGCAGCUGGCCAGACAGGCUCGGAUGAAGAGGGCCACCCGGUUCAUCAUGGUGGUGGCGGUUGUGUUCAUCACAUGCUAUCUGCCCAGCGUUUCCGCCAGGCUCUAUUUCCUCUGGACGGUGCCCUGGAGUGCCUGCGAUCCGUCUGUCCAUGUGGCCCUGCACGUUACCCUCAGCUUCACCUACAUGAACAGCAUGCUGGAUCCUCUGGUGUAUUAUUUUUCAAGCCCCUCGUUUCCCAGAUUCUACAACAAGCUCAAAAUCUGUAGUCUGAAACCCAAGCAGCCAGCACACUCAAAAACACGAAGGCUGGAAGAGAUGCCAGUUUCGAACUUCGGCCGCAAGAGUUCCAUCGGUAUGGCAAAUAGUUUCCAAACCCUGUCUGACGGGCGGUGGGAUCCCCAAAUGCGUUGAGUGUCGCUGAACAAGCAGACCCGCAAGGUUGAGGAAGACAGAGUGGUGACCUAGAGUUAACUCAUGCUAAGGGGUUGGGGCUUUGAAAUUGCCACUCCGCUUUCUUAUUGCAAGAUGGCUUCACACACAUGAGCUGCAUCCUUCUCAUUCUGUCGGAAAUGACAUUCACAUAACUGUACCUUUUGGGGAGGUUCCAGUUGAUUGAACAUGGGGUCCAACACAUG